UAAAAUAUUUAAUUGGACAUUGUAUUGGAGAUUAUUUUAUCAAGAUGGCGACGACAACGAAAGAAAAUAGUUCGAUAAAUGAAGCUUAUAGCUACGAUUAUAAGAAAAAUAUUCGCACAGCUCUUCCUCAGUUUAUUGCAGUCAGCGUAAAAAAUCUUCUACUAAUAGUGUAUGGAAUGUCACUUGGGUUUUCAACUAUUCUUAUUCCUGCCGUCAAAGAACCAGCUGAAUUCGAAAUUCUACAUCUAAAAAAUUCUGAAAUAUCAUGGAUAAGUUCGAUAAAUCUAAUCGUCGUUCCGGUGGGCUGCGCGCUAUCCGGUAUUCUGACAACACCUUUGGGUCGCCGACGUUCAAUGCAAAUGGUGACCUUACCCUUUUUCGUCGCCUGGUUGAUUUUCUACUUUUCAACCAGCACUAGCCACCUCUACGGAGCUUUAUUCCUUACAGGACUAGCGGGAGGACUGCUUGAGGCACCAGUGCUAACGUAUGUCGCUGAGGUUACGCAGCCGUAUCUUCGAGGUAUGCUGUCUGCCACUAGCUCCAUGUCCAUCAUUUUAGGGGUCUUCACGCAGUUUCUUUUUGGUUUACUCUUCUACUGGCGAAUCGUUGCAUUAGUUAACAUCAUAUUUACGGUCUUAGCACUUAUCGCACUAUGUUUUAUUCCUGAAUCACCUCAUUGGCUUGUAUCGAAGAAAAGAAAUGAUGAUGCAAAGAAGAGUUUACAAUGGCUGCGAGGUUGGACAAGUGAGCACGCUGUGGAGGAUGAAUUACGUGACAUACAAGUAUUGUACAAAAGAAAAAAGGUGGAAAAUGAGCAUCAAGAUGAAACACUUUUAGAAAAAAUAUCGGCUUUCCUCGAUAGAAGUUUUUUAGUGCCUUAUUUUCUCGUCUCCUAUAGCUUCUUCGUGGGUCAUUUUAGUGGAAUGACUACCUUACAGACAUACGCAGUAUCCAUAUUCCAGACAUUAGAGGCGCCUAUCGACAAAUAUUAUGCUACGCUUAUUCUAGGCAUCCUACAGCUCCUUGGCGCAAGCGUAUGUGUCCUGUUAGUUCACUACACCGGAAAGAGACCUCUAACAUUUUUUUCUACUGCAACCGCCGGAAUUUGUUGCUUGCUGGUUGCUGGUUACGAUGGUUACAAUAAAACUCACUUUGUAAAUAACGCUACAUUGAAUUUGAGCAAUAUUAGUAACACUACUAUCGGUGCAGCAGAUAAUGCUUUAAACAAUCCGUACUCUUGGAUACCAAUGACGUUACUCAUGAUGCUCGCUCUUCUCACUCAUACUGGUAUUCGACUUCUUCCUUGGAUAUUGAUUGGAGAGGUUUUUAGCGCAAAAACGAGAGCUGGUGGUGCAGGUCUGGCUAGUGCCAUCGGAUAUAUUUUCGGUUUUUUAGCCAACAAGAUAUACAUCAGUAUGGUAGACCAACUUUCUAUUAGGGGAACGUACAGCUUUUACGGCUUUAUUUGUUUGACUGGUUGCGUUGUGUUCUACUUCAUACUACCAGAGACUGAAGGCAAGAAUCUGCAAGAUAUUCAAAAUCAUUUUGCCGGAGUUAAAAGUUUGACAAAUGAAGUAUACAGAUCUAAGAAAAAACGAAAUGCUGACGUAUCGAGAAUGCGAGAUGUAAAAGGAACCUCAAAUCCAACGUUCGAAGGAGAUAACAUAAAUUAGUAAAAUGAUAAUUGUCCUGUUUGAAUACAAACAACACCUGGUUGAAAUAUCUCUUUAAAAAAUCUUGAAAAAGUCUUUGCACCUCUGCGUAAGAAUUUUGAUAGAAUAAGUCAGAAUAAAAACUUUGAACAACUCUUAUAUAAAGUAAAUAAAAGAAAUAUCAGAGAAUAUUUGACUUUUUUAGAGUUUUAGAGUUACAAAAACUUACUCUUUUAAGGGCCUAUUUCACCAGUUGUGGAUAAAGGUUAUCCUACAAAUAAGUUACGAUUAAUCUUUAACAGCAGGAGGUAGAAUAGGCCAUUAGGACCGAUUUCAUUUCAAUUAAUAAAUUACCUACAAGUUUUAGAUACAUAUUUGCGAAUAUAUCUCAAAAGCAAAGUGGAAAUCGAGGGUGAAAAAAAAUAAUGCAUCAAAAACUUUUAUCUGUUGGAUAUCGUCAACCGUCAAAUAGCGUUAUCCACAACUGAUGAAACAGGCUCUAAAAUUCUUAUGCAGAUUUUUGAAGACUAAUAUAAUUUUUUUCAAAUAAAAAUUUUCACCAUGGACUA